GUUGAAUAGUGUAGAUUUAUUUUUACAUCAACACGUGCAUUUAAAAAAAUGGGAAAAGAAAAGAAAGAGAAAAGAAAGUCUGAAGGAGGAGAAGAGGUAGAGGAAAAGGAUGGGAAAGAGGCAUGGGCAGAAAAAACGAAGUAUCUUAGUCCUAUAUCAAAGCCACUUGCCAGUCGGAAGUUAACCAAAAGACUGUACAAAGUUAUUAAAAAAGCACAAUCAAAGAAAAACAUUGUGUCUGGAAUAAAGUUUGUGCAGAAAAGCAUCAGGAAAGGGGAUCAUAGUGGAAUAAUGAUACUGGCAGGGGAUGUGUCUCCAAUAGAUGUCAUCUCCCACAUUCCUAUACUCUGUGAAGAAAAUCAAAUCCCAUACUGCUAUGUACCCUCCAAAACGGAUCUUGGAGGGGCCUGUGGAAACAGACGAUCUAUGACCAUGUUGAUUGUGAAGCCAAAUGAAGAUUAUCAAGAUUUGUUUGAGGAGUGCAAGACUGAAAUUCAAAACCUUCCCAUGCCAAUCUAGGCAGUGGGUUUUAUAUAUAAAGGGGAGGGGGUGCAGUUCUCACGAAAUGCAUUAUUUGUUUUAGUUUUAGUAGUGUUGAUGUAUGAAACAUAGAGGUAUUGAUGCAAGAUAAUGAAAGCAUAUCCAGUUGUUUUUUUUGUUGAUCUCUAUGUCAAAUUUCACCUUUGAAUUUUGAAGCUGUUUGAAAUGAAAAGUUGCAAUGGUUGCAAUUUAUCAUAAUUCUUUGUUUAACUGUAAUAGUUUUCGUAAAACAAGUUGUUUCUAUAAUCAUGUUUUUCAUCAAUUUCAACGCAUUUCAUCAUUUUUAUCAAAUCAUGGAAAUGUAUAGAACAGAACCUUGUGUGAAAAGAAAUAUUGUGGAAAUGAAUUGCUUGUUAUGAACAUGAUAAAGUCUUAUUAUUUUAUAUGUAUGGUAUGUAUAUGUACAAAAAUUAAAUGAAAACAACAUUA